UUUUUUGCAAAAAUACUUCAUUGGAUUGGUAAUAGAAGAAAAUUAAACAAACAAAAAUACUUCCAUAUUUUCACAUAAUAUCUUUAUAAUAAGGACAAAAAAGAAAGCUCCUAUUAAAACGACCAUUUGUGGACCAUUUACAUUGUUGUCAAUCAUUAUCAUCAAGUUUGAUUCCUCAUAGCCUCCCACCAAUAACGUCACCAAUAACAACAGCUACUUAACUACAUUUUCUGGAUUUUCUUUUUCACGAUCUGACCCCUUGAUUAUCCCACAUUUCAUUAAUAACCCCACGCUCCAAUCCCACAGGUGUAGAACAAUGAAAGUCCCGAUCCCGCCAAUCAAACCGUACGCAAUCGAGUAAGUCAACGGCAUCAAAGCAAAAGUCACAAACGCCGGAAUCGCCUCCCGCAUAUCAUCCCAGUCGAUUUCCGUCACCGCCCUCAUCAUGAACACGCCCACCAGAAUCAACGGCGGCCCCACCGCCCACGGCGGGAUCGACGCCAGCAGCGGCGUGAAGAAGAAGGCCAGGAGGAAGUACCCCGCCGCAGUCAACGCCGUCAACCCUGUCCGCCCGCCUUCCCUUAUACCCGUGGAAGAUUCUAAGUACGCCGUCACCGGCGAAGUCCCUAGCAAGGACCCGAUCACCGUCGCCGAUGCGUCGGAAAUGAAUGCAAAAUACUGGCCCUCGAAAUCGCCGUUGGCGUCUGUGAAGCCGGCGAAUCGCGCCAUAGAAUACAUAGUGCCGGUGGUGUCGAGUAUAUCGACGUAGAGGAAAGUGACCAGAGCUUCCCAGAAAUGCCCUUUCCCGAUGCUCUUGAAGCUCAGAGCUCCGGCGGUGCUUUUGAUUUUGUGGACAUCGACGACUUUCUUGAAGUACCGGUAAGCAGAGUCGCCGGCGGGAGUGUUGGGGAAGGCGGUGACUUUUGUGUUACGGAACCACGAAACGGCGGUUACAAAGAUGACGCCGUAAAUCAUAGCGCCCUUUACGUUUUUGACCAAACAAUAAGCGAUUAUUACAAACCCAACCAAUCCGAGCCAAAACGUCGGGCUCUCCAUACGGCCAUUCAAGCAGAGGAUAUCGCCGGAGACCGCGCCGCCGGGAACUAGAGAAACGGUGCCGUUUGCGUCGGUUGUGACUUGGGCCAGCGCCGCACGUGCGGAGCGUGGGCAGGCUCCAAGUGUCACGAGCGUGGAAGUGCUGAGGCUAAUAAGGCCCAGCCCUUGAUUGUUCUGUAGCCCAAUAAAGGCUAGGAAAAGCCCAAUCCCAGCUGAUGAUGAGAUUCUCACAGGUUUGGGAAUCAUCUUCGCGAGCCAGGCGCGUACGCCAAACGCGGAAAUCGAAAGGAAUAUCAGCCCUUCGAUGAAAACUGCCGCCAACGCGCUCUGGUACGGCAAGUUGCCAGAGCCGUGGAAGCCCACAACGGUAUACGCGAAAUACGCGUUGGCUCCCAUCCCGGGAGCUAAAGCCAGGGGCAAAUUCGCGAAAACACCCAUCACCACGCAGCCGAUCAACGACGAGGCGACGGUGGCGACGAUCAGAUCCUUCCGCGUCUUCUCGAGACAGGCGGCGUAGCCGGGAUUGACGGGGUUGAAUUUGCAGGAAUCGUCGGGAGGGAUGACUCUGCCGCAUUUGGAGAGAGGAACGGAGGGAUCGGAGCAGAGAGGGACGCAGUCGGAGACGGAACAGGUGCCGCCGGAGUCUGUGAGGAUGGAGGCGUUCACGGCGAGGAUAUAGGCCAUGGUGAGGAAAGUGGCGGUGCCGGCGCGUAGUUCAGUGGUGAAGCUGGUGUUGCGUUCCGUAAGUUUGAAUCGAUUGCCGAUUCGGCCUCUUGCGACGGAGGCGUUGAGGCGACUCACCCAUGAUGUACUAGUGCUGGAAGCCGUAGAUUCCGCCGUGCGCGGUGGCGGUGAUGGAUUGUCCGCCUCCAAGUCCAUGGAUUAGUUAAACCAGUAGAUUCAUGCCUGAAAUUAAACCAUCGGUAUCGAUUAUAUCAUGGGGAUGGAGCCAUCAGUUGCAACAGAUUCGUUCAGAAUGCCUCUUCUAGACUGGGCGCGGUGACUUUGCCUGUGGAAAUAUCUCCCUGCUUCAUCGGCAAACCACGACGAGAUGAGCGGCGACUUCAAACUCUAGGAUUGGGCUGCAGCACCGCUGGAAGAAGAAUAAAGCUGGAUAAAGAAUUGCAUUUAAUCGAAAGAUAAAGUGGGAUUAUAAGAUUAUUAUUCUCAAAAAUAAUGGAAGGGUGGAAGUGUUAGAAAACGGAACGGAUUAUUAUAGUGUGGCAUUUGACAAAUGGCAGAUUCAGGUGACUAUUUUGAUUAACUAACAAUAUUAAUAGUUUGUAAAAUAAUGUUUGAUUAAAUAUUUUUUUGUAUUCUCCUCUUGUCGGUUUGUGUAAUAAACUAAUACUUCACACUGUGUACUUAUUUAGUUUUUGAAAAAUAUAUUUUUCACAUCGAUUUUAGAAUCGACGUAAAAUCUACUAAAAACAAUAAGAGCGAGUUGGGGUUAGCAAGGCUCUUUUGCCGUUUGUACAGUCCUCGUCCGUUACCCGUUAUUGCCGCAACCCACACUGACGGCCUUCUCCGUUUAUUUCCCGUUUGAUUGUCCACGUGUGCGCACUUCGCUCUUUCUGCGGGUAAGGAUAAGAUGAUAAGAUGAAAAUAUCUCUUCUCUCUCAUUCUUGUUUCGGUUUUGGAAGCUCAUCUACUCCGUCCCUUUGUUUUGUUUGUGCCAUUGCUCCUUACGCUUCAAAUUCUUUCUUCUCAUUCUUCCUCAGCGGUUGGGUUCCGAAGACCUCUACCAGAGCCGCUGGCUUCCGGUCGUCCGCCAAUUCGCCAUGUUUUCUGGCUCUAGGAGUACAGAGUUCGGGCUUCACUCUAUUUUAAGGAAAUAUCCAUGUUCAGAAAUCAAGCAGUGACGAAGUCCUCCGACGACAUCCCGCAUAUUUCGUCUCCGAGCGGUCGUUGACCUUGGGUUUCGCUAAUCUCAGCUGCCAUGGGUACUACUUCUCAUAGCAGUUAAUGUGGGUUAUGCAUUCACGUUCCUAGGGCUCGAAUUUAUGCUGAGCAUAGUGUCAUCUUAAUCAUCAAUGUUGAUUGAAAAGGGGCCGAUGAUGAAGAGGUAGUGUUGAUGUUCUGCACAAAUUGUUGCCUUCUUGAUGAUUAGAUCUGCAUCGGAGCACAUGAAAGGAUUUCAGCACUCAUUUAUUGUAAUAUUUGGGUGGGACUGAUAAGCAUUACACAUGGGAUAUGAACAAAAUAGAAGUUUGGGCCUGGUUUUCAUAUACAAGUAUGCAACAAAGUACUUCUACAUUCCUCGAGGGAAAUUUUUGGAACUAUGGAGUUGGCAAGAGAUACUUACAAACUUUACAUCCUUUCAGGAACGUUGAAUUUUUAAUAGCAAUGGAAAAUGAAGGUUGGAAGCUUGCACAAAUUUAUCAGUGGGUGAAAGAGCGGAUACGAGUGAUUGAACUAACUUGAGGUCCCCUGCUAUUGUGAUAUUACACCCGAUGAAAAUUAAAGGAUGGAAACUUGCUCAAAUCUAUCAAGUGAAAGUGCAUAGGCUAACUCAAGGUUAGGCUUAGACUUUUCGUCUAUUGAAUACAACAUUUCCUAUGUCCUUUUACGAAGUCUUACUUAUAAAUACGUCGGUUUCAGUUUUUCCUAGGCCACUUUGUUUGUCCGGUUUUCCGUUUGAAGGGAGUGUCAGAAUCUUAAAUUGGAAAGCUACAGAGAGAAUGAUAGUUUAAUUAAGCCUUGAAUUGAAUUGGCUUGCAGAUUAGAUUCAAUUUUUCAGAACUAACUUUUAAACUUUAUUUUUACUGAUUAUUUGACCAAAUAGACAACACGAAAAUCAAGGAGAACGAGGAAAACCACAUUGCUUCAUCAAUGUUGCUGAUAUUCAUUUGUAAAGGUAAUUGUAAGAAGUUCUAAUUGUCUGCUUCCAUCUAAGACUCUCACUUCCAUUAAAAUUUGUAGAAGUGCAAAGGCUGGUUAUCACACAUCAAGCUUUUCUGGGUCACCAAAACCAGGAUCUUAGAGUUAAGGUUUAACAUUUUUGCUUAUACUAUUUAUCAUUCCUCUGUCCAUCGUGAAUACUUCAAAAUUCUAAAUACUCCACACCGAGGAGAUUUUGGUUAAGGUAGUCUUACAUUAUCUUGGUAAUGUGAGAAAUGUAAUUUUUGUUUCAGCUUUUGAGAUUAUCGGAAAUAAAGAACCUCGUUCUGAGCCCUCUUUUGAAAAUCAUAAUGCAUACACUACACAUGAUCCUCCCGUAGUCCCGUGUCCAGUGAUGAUAAUCCCAAUCAAUCUGAGGACACCCCCUAUUAUUACUAACCUUGCUAAUUCAGGUCCACCAUUUUUCUCAUCUCCUCACCAGAGGGCGGUUAAGAUUGCAUUGAUGUAUUAAGGCUAAGGCUUCCCAAAACUCAAAAUUGAGCUGCGAGAACAAUUUAAUCAUUUUGAAAAUACACCCCUUACAUAUUUGUUUGUAUGCAGUUAGUACAAAUUUCUUUUUAAUUAGUCAUUUAAGUUGAUUUGGGAAAUGAAAUAUUGUAUCGGGUUCUAACCCAAUCAUCGGGGAGUUCCUCUGCUAUUUGAAAAAAUAAAAUAGCAACCCUUCUGCCAUUCUUAAUCCCCGAAUAUGCUAACAAACUCUUGCUCUGUUUUCUUAAUUAUUUGUCAUCCCCAUUGUUGAUGUUACUUCAAUCGUUGCAAUCAUUGAACAACGCUUUUCCCGUUUAGAUUUGUUUUUAAACAAUACAAUGGUGUGCCUGCUUGAUUGAACUGUUGUUUCCUCUCUU